UAGGAAGUCUAUUUUGGAUGUAUAUAUAACUUGCUGUAUUGACCCACUUGAGAGCUAGAGAGAGAAAUUGAAAAUUAAAGAAGAUGAGAAAAGAGAAAUAGAAGAAGAAGCAAGUUUCAAAUGAUGAUCAUCGCUAUAAGGCGUCAUCAUCACCUCUAUCUGAUCUACUUCUAUUUCUAUUUCUGAGAAAUAUGUCUGAUCUUUUCUUCCAUGGCAUACCCAUGUUUGCUUAUUAACAGAAGCUCAUCAAACAACUUCAUGUCCACUCUUUCUUUCUGCAACUGAAUCAAAGCACUUCACCUUUAAAGAAAAGCCAAAGCCAGAAAAGUUUGAUGGCUAGAGAAGUGUUUGAAGAUAAAUCAAGAAACAUGGUAUCCUCAUCAUCAACAACAGGUUUUUGUUACUCAGAUGUAUCAAAUAAUAAUCCAACAAUCCAAACCCAUAUAGGAAACCAGAUCCAAGCCUUUGAAACAAAUCCAGAAAUCUUCAACUUAACAACGGGCAUGGAGAUGAUAGGGUUUUCAAGGAAUCUACCGCAACAACAAAGUGAAAGUAACACUUCUGUUUUAUGGAAAGGUUUUUUUAACAAACCAACAAGCAACAGUCAUUCAAUUGGUGGUGGUGGUGGCGGUGGCGGCGGCGGCGGCGCUUCUUCUUCCAAGACAAUCAAUGAAUCCACCAGUGAUUUUUAUCAACACGACUUCAACAAACAAGAUUUUACGAGUAAUGGAAAUUUAAUGGUUGAAGGUGACUCUUCUAGUCCAUGGCAAGAACACAGAUUACUUGUUGAUGAUUCUUCUUUAAGAUGUGUUUUUCCUUGUGAAGGAAGUGAAAGACCAAGUCAAGGUCUUUCACUUUCUCUUUCGUCAAACAAUCCUUCUAGUAUCGGAUUACAGUCUUUUGAACUCCGAAACACAAGUAAUCAUCAAAAUCAAGAUGGUGAUAACUCUCAAGAAGAAAUGAGGUUUUUGAAUUCGACUACUUCAAGAGAUGGGUUUUUUGGUAAAUCUACCAUUAACAUUCAACCACAACAAAUUAUGCAAGAUGGGUUUUUAACAAAAGCUUCAAAUUUGCAUCAACAAGGACAGUUUCAUCUUAGGAACUCAAAGUAUUUGGGUCCUGCACAAGAACUGUUGAACGAGUUCUGUAGUCUUGGGACAAAGCAAACUGAUCAACAAAGGCAGAAGUCUUAUAAGAAUACUAAACAGUGGGAAGAAGAAAAUGGAAGUAGUAGUAGUAAUUCUUCAAGAAAACAAUCUCUUUACUCUCUUGAAUUCUUGGACUUGCAAAAAAGAAAGACAAAGCUGAUCUCAAUGCUAGAAGAGGUAGAAAGAAGAUACAGGCACUAUUGUGAUCAAAUGAAAGCUGUGGUCUCAUCCUUUGAAGCUGUGGCUGGUGCUGGGGCAGCGACAGUGUAUUCUGCUUUGGCAUCAAAGGCUAUGUCAAGACACUUUAGGUGUUUAAGAGAUGGGAUUGUGACUCAAAUCCAUGCCACCAAGAAAGCCAUGGGAGAGAAAGAUCCUGUUGCACCAGGAACCACAAGAGGAGAAACUCCAAGGCUAAGAAUUCUUGAUCAAACUCUCAGGCAACAAAGGGCUAUUCAACAAAUGACUAUGAUGGAAACUCAUCCAUGGAGACCUCAAAGAGGUCUACCUGAAAGAUCUGUUUCUGUUCUUCGAGCUUGGCUUUUUGAGCAUUUUCUCCACCCGUACCCAAGUGAUGUUGAUAAACAUAUCUUAGCCCGUCAAACUGGUCUUUCAAGAAGCCAGGUAUCCAAUUGGUUCAUUAAUGCAAGAGUAAGGCUUUGGAAACCAAUGGUGGAAGAAAUGUACUUAGAAGAAACAAAAGAGCAAGACAACAACUUGGCUUCCCCAGAUGGAAUUACUGAGCUUGAAGAAAAUAUCAAUGGCAGGCCAAGUCAGAAUCUUUCCUCAACAGAUCAAAAACCAACACCUGAUCAACUCAUUCGAAUCGACUCCGAAUGCCUUUCUUCCAUUAUAUCUAACCCUGAUAAAAAUGACACUUCAAAAACCAAUAAAUCUUUCCAAACCCACCAUCUUCAUACCCAGCAGCAGAAUUUUGGAGCUUUUGGUGCAGUGGAACUAGACUUUUCAUCUUAUAAUCACCAAAACGCGCCGGGUGGGGUUUCUUACGGAAAUGAUACUUCUGCUAAUCAAAACUUCAACAAUGGUGGUGGUGUGUCAUUGACAUUAGGGUUACAACAGCAUGGAGGGAGUGGUGUGAGUUUAGCAUUUUCUCCUGCAUCUCAAAGCUCUCUCUUUUACCCUAGAGACCAUAUUGAUGACUGCCAGCAAGUUCAGUACUCACUUCUAGAUGGAGAAGGACAGAAUUUGCCUUACAGGAAUUUGAUGGGAGCUCAGUUGCUGCAUGACUUGGCUGGUUAAAAUGGAAUUGCUAAAUUAUUACCGGAAAUAGUUGGGUUCGCCGGAGUUCUUGCCAAAGGAUGGUGAUGGUUGAUGAUAAAAUAGUUUUAUUAGGCAUAGAUAAAAUACUCCAUACAUAAUAUUUAUACAUAAAGCUAUAGUUAAUUGGUUUCAGAAAAAAAAUAUAUAUAUUGCUAUGGAAUAGUUUUUGCAUCUCUUUUUAUUUUUAUUUUUUUUUUCCAUUGGAAAGAACAUAUUUUUAUUUACUGUUAGGCAAAUAUAUUUGGAUUGGAAGUGAUUGAUGCAAGAUUAUACAAAUAUUUCUUUCCUCUUAUAAGCAGAAAGAAACUAUUUGGCAAAGAA